CCGCUUCAUAAACCACGAUACUGACGCGAUCAUAUCCUGAUCGACCUUCGUUUCUCUAGAAAUGGCGAAUGAUACAUGACCGACGAUCAUGUCUACCGUAAGCCUACACAGGGCUGCGUUGAUGAGAUGUACAUCGAGCGGGUAAGGUACGGUAUUAAGUAUGAUAUUGCUGGCCUUGUGCAUACGAGGCGCAUGUUUCCAGUCUUGCAUGCGAUAUUGGUGACCAACCUCACCCCAACUUUGGCCACCGGGUACAGGUAAUUUCAACAACAUCCGCACUGCUCGACGAUGAUCUUCUGAAGUUCAGCUACGGAUCAACGUUCAUCGUCUCUAUUUAAAUACCAUGGACCCAGCUUCCAUCCUUGGCGUUACGGCGGCGACGGCUUCGCUUCUCAAGCACCUGAUUGAAGGCUCGCUUGGCUUACAGACAGCCUUGUGGGAAAUUAAAACGAUUGACGAGACCACGGGAGGACUUGCUGGCGAACUGGGGGCGUUCCAUUCGAUUCUCAUCGUUUUCGACUCCGAGUUGCGAGACCAGCAGUUUUUAUCCCAUGUUCACCGCUGGUGGGAUCCAUCUCGCCUGGAAGAGCUCUUGUCGAAUGCGAUCAAGACAUAUUCCAAUCUCAGCAACAUUGUGAAGGAUCUUGGGAGGCAGAGGUCGGUGCUGCAAACUCUUCGACAGUACUACACUUCGCGACAGUACGACAAAGAGAUUGGGCAUCUUCGGUUGCGUAUUGGGAUAUAUAUCACGGCCUUGCAGAUUCCGGUCGAAUUAGGCCGUAUACACAGCAUCAGACAAUCCAUUACGACGGCACGGACGAAACCCGAAGCCCAAUCUACUCGUACUCAGAGAGAUGUGGAUGUGCUCGCGAGUCAAAUCCUUGGCAGCAGGAUUGUCUGAUUAGAAGAAAGCAUACGGACACUUUCGCAGGGCAUCACGACUCUCCCAAGAAUACGCGAUCAGGUAUGGUCCACUCCUAUCCG